UUCCAUUUAAUUGCGUUCUCUUCCUACGCACACUUCGAUGCUUAUUUCUUCGCUCUCUUAUUCGUCGCUGCUUUUAUUUAUGAGGCGAAGUGCCACUCCUCCCUCGGCCGACCAAGUUUUGCUCCCAGAUCUCGGCUCCCGGGAAUGCUAAACCUGGAAUCGGAUUCGAAGGAGGGGGCUGCGAGUAUGCUUCUCUCGAUCGGUUCCGCCUUAGAUCAGUCUUUUGGGCGUUAGCUUCUGUCUGCAGGACGCCAUGAGCAGAAUCGACACGGAGAGAAACCCCUACCCCAACGAUGGUGUUAGGGAAUUGGGAGAUGGUAGCGCAGGUUAGUUCUUUUGUUUCUUCAUUUUUGGUGUGGGUGUGGUGGAGGUCCUCGAUCUGCUAUGGUGCUACGAUUUUGGUGAACGUGGUUGCUCUUUCUUUUUGGUUGGGCUUUGGAAAGGAUUCGAUCUUUUAGUUGUUUGUUGAGGGUUUGGAAGGGCUUCACAUGUAUCUGCUGUGGUUAUGGCGAACCUCGAUCUGUGAUGGUGCUACAAUUUUGGUGAACUUGGCAGCUGUUUCGUUUAGUUGCGUUUUAGGCGAAGAGUCGAUCUUCUAGUUGUUUUCUUUGAGGGUUUGGAAUCGCUUCACGUGUAACUGCUGUGGUUAUGGUUGAACUUGAUCAGUGAUGGUGCUACAGUUUUUUGGUAAACUUGGCAGCUGUUUCUAUUUGCUCUGGGUGUUGAAAAAGGUUCGAUCUUUUACCUGUUUCUUGACGGUUUGGAAUGCCUUCACAUGUAUGCUGUGGUUAUGUGGACGUCGAUCUGUUAUGGUGGUGCUUUGUUGUCUGGGUUUAGGAAAAGAUACACUCUUUUAGUUGUUUCUUGAGGGUUUGGAAUGGUUUCACAUGUGACCGGAAAUUUAGAUGUUUCAUGGGUGAGAAUAGUCUUACUUACGGAUGUGUACAUUAACGAUGAGCUUGUUUAAUUCCUCCUCCUAGAGCGUUUUUAUUGCUGGUGUGCGUGACAUUCCGUGCUUGAACUUCUGUUCUAGUUUAUGCGGAUCAUUCUGAAUGCUGCUUCAUGAUACAUGAAUCUUUCGUUGUGCUUAAGUUCCUGUGUCGAUUUAUUUUUACAUGCAUAUGUAUAUUCUUGGUCAUGCACUUUAUCAGUUGUUGCCUGAGUUCAGUUUACACCAGAGGUUUGUCAACGAUUCUUCCCAUUUGCAAAAUUGACCCUGAUAAUGCUCUGUUUGAUGCCUCACGAUAUGCAUUCUUUGGUAAGGAUGUCAUGGAGGAAGUUGAGUUAGGGGGUCUGGAAGAUAAGGAUGGUGAUACUGAUGGUUUUGUUGAUCUUAAUGAUGAGAAACACACGUUUUCUUCUAUUGGUGAUAAAGAGUUUGAAGGUUUUGCAUCCUUAUCUGAGAUUGAUGACCUUGAGAGCACCUUUAGGAAGCUGAACAGAGUUGUCAGUGAACCAAGGAGCGUGGGUAUUAUUGGUGAUAGAGGAUCUUUUUCUAGAGAAAGUUCUUCUGCUGCAGAAUGGACACAGGAGGCUGACUUUCCAAGCUGGAUUGAUCAAGAAAUAUUUGAUGCUGAAGAUGCCGAGGAAGGCAAAAGGUGGUGGUCACAACCAGAUGCCACUUGGUCUCAGCUCAAUGAACUAAAUCCAUUAUACAGAACAUCCUCAUAUCCUGAACAACAGCAGCAACAACACUCCAGUGAACUGAUCCAUGGGCCCAAGUCAUCUUUUACCUCCUACCCUCCACCUGGUGGACAAUGCCAUCCUUCAUUAAACCUCACACGUCAUUUGAGUUUGCCAUCUGUCACUGCUGCAUUGCAAAUACCUAUUCCUUUUCCAUACUCUAGUUCUCAGCAUCAGUUGGAAGGAUUACCACAUGGGCUUCACUACGGUGCAAAUGCACAGUUUACACCUCAUGGUAUUUCAUCAACCUGCAUUCCAGUGAACUAUUGGCUGAAUCAGACAAGCCUGUUUUCACGGGAACAUUCCAGCAUGUUGCCUAACUUGUUGCAGAAACAGCUACUACUACCAAAUGGUUCACUUCCUUCACACCUAUUGUCACAGCAGCAACAGCAGAGAUUACAGCUGGUCCAGCAGUCUCUCACCCAUUUCUCACACUUGCAGCCUAAUAAUUUGAACCUUCAUAACCAGCCCCUACGAAAAAUAAACAAGUUUGAGGCAGCUACUGGUAUGUCUAGUUCAAGAGACCAUCGAUCUAAAACAUCUCAUAGGGGAAGACAUAAUAUGCGGCUAUCUCAACGGGCUUCUGAAACUGGCAUCCUGAAGAGCAACAGUGGCUUUCAACUUAGAUCAAAGUACAUGUCAGCUGAAGAGAUAGAAAGCAUUUUGCGGAUGCAGCAUGCGGCAACUCAUAUCACUGAUCCUUACAUAGAUGACUACUAUCAUCAAGCUUGUCUUGCAAAAAAGUCAGCUAGUUCAAGACUGAAUCAUAACUUUUGUCCGACAGUGAUAAAGGAUCCUCCAUCACGAUCACGUGCUAAUAAUGAAUCACAUGCAAAUUGUCAGGUUGAUGCACUUGGGAGGGUUCAAUUAUCUUCAAUACCUAGGCUUCAUCCUCUCCUUGAGGUUAAUAUGCCAUCCGCAUCAGGUGAUGAUCAUUCUAUGAAGCCUCUUGAACAAGAGCCUAUGUUGGCUGCUAGAAUCACAAUUGAAGAUUGUAAUAGUCUUCUUCUAGAUAUAGAUGAUAUUGAUCGGGUGUUACAGGUUAACCAACCACAAGACCGUGGGUUGCAUCUGAAGCGGAGAAGACAAGUUCUUGUUGAAGUGAUUGCUGCAUUACUGCAGCUUGUCGAUCCCCUUGGCCCUGGUACAGCUGAUCAUUCAGUAGGUUUUGCCCCAAAUGAUGACCUUGUUUUCCUACGCAUUAUUUCUCUUCCCAAGGGCCGUAAGCUCGUACAUCGCUAUCUUCACCUUCUGAUCCCUGGAAAUCAUGUUACUCGAGUAAUCUGCAUGGCUGUUUUCCGCCACCUUAGGUUUUUAUUCGGCGGACUACCUUCAGAUUCCAUUGCAGCAGAAACAACCAUCAAUCUGGCCAAGUCUGUGUCUUUAUGCGUAUGCAAUAUGGAAUUAAGCGCACUCAGUGCUUGCCUGGCUGCAGUGGUAUGUUCAUCUGAGCAACCACCCCUUCGCCCUGUUGGAAGUUCAGCUGGCGAUGGAGCCAGCAUAAUUGUGAAGUCUGUGCUUGAUCGAGCAACAGAUCUUCUAACAGACCCUUAUGCUGCAAGCAACUACAGUGUGUCCAGCCGAACUCUAUGGCAGGCAUCAUUUGAUGCUUUCUUUGGGCUUCUUACUAAGUACUGUCUGAGUAAAUAUGACAGUACAAUGCAGACGUUGCUAAUGCAAGCACCAAGUACUGCAAUUACUGGAUCCGAGGCCACAAGAGCUAUAAGCAGGGAGAUGCCCAUUGAAUUGUUACAUGCGAGUCUUCCUCACACAAAUGAGAACCAGCGUAAGGUGUUACUUGAUUUUACUCAGAGAUCCAUGCCUGUUGUUCAUUUUAGUACUCAUGGAGUUCUUAGCAGGGCCGAAAGUUCCGAAUCAGUUCCUGGUUGAUGCACCUAAGUUAAAUUAAGUGUCUUCAAGUAGCACUUAGUGAUUUUGUUUCUGUACAUUAUUUUUCUGUGUGAAAACAUAUACGCGCUCCUUGCUUACCUGAAACAUGUUGGUGGCAUGUGGUAACCGGUCGAUCAUGACAAAUGUAGAUUUCUGAUAAUCUCUGUCUCUCUGUGUCUCUUUUUA